AUGGCUUUCACCAACCGCAUCGCAGCCCUCGCGGCUUCGAUAUUUUUCAUGAACUACAUAGGCCUAGUUCUAUCACUCGAUAUGGCAUAUUGUGCAAGCAUCAAUACAGCUUCAACCGCUAGCAACUCCAGUACAUGGCAGUCUGAUGGACUCUGCCACGAUUUCUGUUCAGAUGGCUUCGCCUUUUCUGUUGUCAAGGGCGAUGACUGUUGGUGCUCUGACUAUGUGCCCGACGAAUCCACCCAAGUAGACACCUCCGAGUGUAAUACUCAGUGUCCUGGCUAUCCAGACGAUACGUGUGGAGGUAAUGGACUAUGGGGAUACAUGGCCCAAGCUAAGGACCCUGCUGGCACCAAGGGCAGCAGUGGCACUACUCAAACCUCAACUCCUGACCCUACUACAAAGACUGUCCAGAACACAGUUACUGUUGUUCCGACCGUCCCUACGACCACAGCUGUUCCUGUUCCUGUUCCUGAGACAACCGGUAGCUCAUCGGGAAGAACUACAUCUCUAACCGCUUCUGUCGCUACGGUCACAGUGGGAGGUACCGUCAGCCUCCAAACAGUAUAUGCAACCCCUACGAAUGCGAACGAAGCGUCCUCGGAUGCCAACUCAUCGGGAAUGACAUCCAGUCACGAGGGACUCUCGACCGCCCAGGCAGUUGGCGUGGCAAUAGGUGUAUUAGGUGCCAUGGCUAUAGCCAUAGCCAUUGGUGUGCUCAUCUGUCUACGUCGUAGGAGGCGGCAAGGAGAUGUUAUUGGAGAGGGCCCUGGAAGUCAUCGAGGAAGCUCGGCGGGUAUGAUGAGCACUCCAACAACAGGAAUGGCAUCCGUCUGGGAUGGCGAUAAUACGUCAGGUCGGAGGAACAGUCGAUAUAUGCCGCACGAUCCUCGCAUGGACCCAUACGCAACCAAUAUUUACAGUCGCUUCGAGAACAAGAGCCACGAGAGUAUCAACACCCUUCAGGACAAUCACGAUUACUCGCGCAAGGUACUUCGAACGACGAACCCAGACCCAGCCGACCGCGAAUGA